GAUUUAUUUCUCAGUUCUGUUUAAGAAUGUUUCCCGAUUCAUCACAGACGGGUGAUUUGUGACUCGUUACAGAAUACGGCCGUGCGUUUCCGCGCUCUGAGAAACAUACGAUAGCUACGGAUCAGUUUUACACGCAAAAUGUGAAAAAUCUGAAGAGGGAGGCCAAUCAGCAAGACGGCCAAAAACAGUGUGGUGGUAUCAGACAAUAAACGAGCCAAAUGAAAGCCUGACACUGACUAUAGCAAGUGUAAUGGUGCGUUGGUAAUCUGAGCCAGCUAACCUAGCUAACUUCAGGAGCCGCUCCUUUUCUCAGGAUGAUCUGUUCUGGUUGGGUCGGACAGUGAUGAGUAGAACAUGCGGAGCUGUGAAAUGCGCAGUGUUGUUAUAGGAAAAUGUGAACAAGGAAGUGCUGAGUGUAGAUCUCUCGGUAUGUAAAGUAGUUGUAGAGGUAAGUCAGUCUGGGUGUUACAGACUGUUUAUUUUAACACUUGCAGGUGCUCAUCAGUCCAUAUGGAUGACUGCAAACAAAUCCACUGUUCUCUGAGAACCUGUUGGUCCAGCCCAUAACUAACACUCAGAUACGAUCAGUAUGGAUGUCAUUGGACAGAAGUACUUCACAACAAUUGACUUUGUUUUGUUUGCCCUCCUUCUUGUGGCCUCCAUGGUCAUAGGGCUGUACUAUGCCCUCUCUGGAGGACGACAGAGAACCACUCAAGAAUUCCUGUUGGCUGACCGGAGCAUGAAGUGCCUACCCCUUUCCCUGUCACUCAUGGCCUCUUUCCAGUCAGCUGUUGCUAUAGUCGGCACACCAGCAGAAGUCUACACCAAUGGCACACAGUACUGGUUCAUAGGCUGCUCCUACAUUCUGGGACUCCUUAUUCCUGCCCACGUUUUCAUUCCAGUAUUCUACAGACUGCAUCUCAGUAGUGCUUACCAGUAUCUGGAACUCCGUUUUUGUAAAACGGUCCGGAUCUGUGGAACAGUUACCUUUAUUUUUCAGAUGGUCAUUUACAUGGGUGUUGGCGUGUAUACUCCUGCCCUUGCACUAAAUGCAGUUACUGGUUUUCACUUAUGGGGAGCAGUAUUAGCAACUGGACUAGUAUGCACAGUGUACACUACUUUGGGCGGACUGAAGGCAGUGAUCUGGACUGACGUGUUUCAGACAUUGGUGAUGUUCGCAGGUCAGCUGGCUGUCGUCAUAGUGGGUGUGCAGCAAGUUGGUGGGCUUUCUAAUUUUUGGAGGAAAGUCAGAGAGGGAGACCGCAUCUCCAGCAUUGACUUAAAUCCAGACCCAACUGUGCGGCACACCUUCUGGACAUUAGCACUUGGUGGAGUGUUUCUGAUGCUUUCUUUGUAUGGGGUGAACCAGGCGCAAGUGCAGCGAUACCUCAGUUCUCGUACAGAGAAAGAGGCAGUAAUGUCAUGCUACAUGGUGUUUCCAUGUCUUCAGAUUGCUUUGGGUCUAAGCUGUCUAAUGGGACUUGUUAUGUUUGCAUGUUACGGUGAUAACAGCUCUUUAAACAAACAGUUCCUCACUUCUAAAGACCAGAUGGUCCUGUACUUUGUCAUGGACAUGCUGCAGGACUUCCCUGGACUGCCAGGAUUGUUUGUUGCAUGCUUAUUCAGUGCAUCUCUGAGCACAAUAUCCUCAGCUUUCAAUUCCUUGGCCACAGUAACAAUGGAGGAUCUGAUCAAACCACAUUGUCCUUCAAUGACAGAGGCUAGAGCCACUCUACUCUCAAAGAUACUUGCGUUUUCUUAUGGCCUUAUAUGUCUUGCUAUGGCCUAUGUUGUCCAUUUGAUGAACAGUUCUGUUUUGCAAGCAGCACUCAGUAUCUUUGGCAUGAUAGGAGGACCCUUGCUGGGUCUCUUUUGUCUUGGGAUAUUUUUCCCGUGGGCCAAUAGCACUGGUGCUGUGACGGGGCUGGUUGCUGGUCUAGUCAUGGCCUUUUGGGUUGGCAUUGGUGGAUUUUUGACUCAGAUGCCGAUCAGUGUCACCAUGCAUUCCCAGAACUGCACUGAUACAGUAGCAACAGAGAACAUAACCAUGGCUACAGUGACUGCUAUCUUGACUCCAGUCACUGAUAAACCAAGUAAACCUGUUGGGCUGCAUGGUCUCUAUUCACUUUCAUACAUGUGGUAUAGUGCGCUGAACUCCUCCGUUGUUGUUCUUGUUGGACUCAUCGUCAGUUUCCUCACAGGGCCAAUGAAAGAACAAGACUUGACAAGAGGGACAGUUUAUCCUCUAGUGGAGAAGAUACACUCUUUCCUGCAAAUGCUAGCAAAGCCCAAACCUUGCUUGGGCUCCUCUCCAGAACACAGGCAAAUCCCUGUACGCCAUGAUCAAAUGAAUGGUGUUGCCAACACAGAGAAAAACACUGAAAUGGAGGAAGAAAGAGGGACUUUUCUCCCAGUAUCCCAAAUAUCCUGUUUGGAGCAGGAAACAGCAGUGUGACUCACCAUGAGAAAAACCAUGAGUUGUUAUAAGAAGAACUCUCAGAUCAAAAAGGAGUUGAAGAAUUUGUAUGAAAAGCAAAGCACCUUAUGAACAUCAAUUGUGAACAAAUGAAGAACCAAAUAUUGGGAGAAUGUGAAUCCAUGAUAUGGUGACUGUAAUUACUUGAAUGCUGGUUUAUAAACUUGACACUGUAAAUUUAGUGUUUGCACUUGUAUUGAUGAGACAUGAAAUAUGUGCCUAACUUGCAGUCCCAUCCUGGGACAGUGAAGGCAUAGUUGCCAUUUGUGGUCUUCAUUGAAGUGCUUGCAAUUAGUAAAUGCAAAAUGACAAUGUUUAAAGGGAAAAUGUGAAGUGAGCAUAAGUACAUUAAAAGUACUAUUAAACAAUAAGUAUAUCAGUUACUAGGUUUCGUAUCCCUGACUAAUUUCUGACUAAUGAAAUCACUCAGAUGUAAACAAAGCCAUUUAGAGUGGUUUGAUGUGAAAUCCUCCUUUAACUCACUUACUUAGUAUUGUUCUCAACAGUGGUGAUAGGGGCCAGACCUCAGAAGAGCUUAAUGCCACUAAAAGCUACUUACUGCUAUAUACUGCCUGAUGCUUGAAACAUUGUUUGGCAAUAGUUUUACACAUAUUUUUUUAAAAUCCAGAGAUAAAAGCAGGUCAUUUUAAGGCAAAUUAGGACCAAAAGGAAAAAAAAAUUACCUUUAUUUUACGCUUAUUAACAUUUGUGUAUACAAUUUUAAGAAACACAUGGAGGUUCACUGGUUGUUUUGGAAAAUGGCUCGAUUUGCGUUGUAGACAUAGCAACCCCUGGUUCCUGUCACUACCACUUUAAAGAAAAUCUGAGUCAGUAAGUUUCUCUACAGUGAAUUAUUUCACAACAACCCACUCUUAAUGACUUUGUUUGCAGAAAUAUCUGAAAUUAAAAAUCUGUUGAAUUCCCCCUUUAAGUUGCAAUCUACUGACCCCAAUCUUUGGAGUUAGUGUUCAUGAUCUAGCAUGAAGACAUAACUGCUGUUGAAAGAAAAGAAAGAAAUAUGAAAAAGUGCAAAAAUCAAAACAAAUGACAGUUUCCAUAUGGUUAAAUAAACAAUAUUCUAUAAUCUAUUGAAAAAGAAAUAAAUAUACAGAAAAAACAUUUGAGACACACAGAUAAGGAAAGUAAAGAACAAAUGAGAGGAAAAAAGUAUUGUUUAGACUGCUCAAUCUCUUAAUUUAUAAAAAAAAGACACUUCCACUUGAAGAGACUGUAAAUGAGGCAGAAAUACAGCAAAGCUUCACAAGGGAAGAUUGUGUUAAGAUGGUGAUGUCAAUUAAUUACUGCAAGAAUAAAGUGAUUGAAGGCAAAGCAUGUUGAACAAAAGCUUAACUGUAACUAUUUUAAUUUGUCCAAAUACUUAUGAUACACUUAAAAUGCGGAAUUGAAAACAAAAAAAUACUCUUCCAAAACAAUAAAACACACAGAACUUAAAAAAAUAGAAGGUGACUUGUACUUCUGCCUCAUAUUUGUUGAACUGAGUGAAGUAAGUAACGCACAGAAAUAUGGUUAAAAUGUUCAGUUUUGGAAUGUACUGUACAUUUUUUCUUACAAAGCCAAAGCAAACAUUUUGUACUGUAUUAUCAAAAUAUGAAUUCUGUCUAAUGCUAAAGAUCAUAAGAAAAUAAAGUUCAUCAUGACUUUUCUGGUGCAGUUUUUCCAGA